AUGGCCACUACUGUUGGCUCCAGUAUCGGCACGAAGACCACCUUUUCAUCAGAAGAGAAACAGGAGAGAAAUGAGGAGCGUAUCCGGCAUUUGAAAGGCCAAUCGCGGACGCGCAAGGUCUGUCAUUGGUGCGAGAAGAAGCAGGAGCCAGGCAUAAAACCCUUUCAGGCUUGUGCGAAGUGUAAGGAGGUUAUAUAUUGUGCUCCCUGUAAAGGCAGUGUCGAAGGAAGGAAGCAGAUGGAGGGAAACCCAGAACUAAUCCAGCGAGUCGGUGUUUUCAGGAAAUGGCACAACACCAAUAACGACUUGCUUCGCUGCGCUUUCAUCUGCGCUUUGAAUCUUGGUCAUAAUCCCACCGCUGCAACGACGCACGCCUUGAUCAUCUCUGUAUCCCUCAAACCUGACCAUGCCAGUCAGCCUCCGGGUGCCAAAUACACUAUUAUAAAUGGCUGUACGCUGACUGACGCUGAAUUGCGGAAGCGGCUGAGCGGAAAAGGGGUUUCGGGAGACGAGCAAGUGGAUGCCAUGGAGCUGAGUGCGGCCUUUCUGCGGAAGAAGGGAGGUCUCGGAUUGGCGAGGUUUGUGUUGAUGGAGAGGGAGAUGAAACUGAUAGAUUUCGUGUCCAUAGUAUUACCAGAUCAGAAGACUGCAAAGUUAAUUCAGGAGAAGCAUAAUUGGCGGGACGAUUGGGUAAGCAUAUUCUCAAUCAUACCUUGCAUUUAA